UUAUCUCAUUUUAAAUAAACACCCUGCAAAGUGAUUUAGUCUCAGUCGUCGCACGUCAGUCGAUUACUUAUGCAUUUCAUCAGGUUUAAUUCGUAAAUUAAUUAACUUAUUUUAAUAAAAAGAAUAAAUUGGUGCGUAUCGCAGUGUUUGUUUCUUUAACGGAACUCCAUUAGCGUAGACUUCGAAGAAUUGAUUGAAGUUGUAGAAAAUCUAUAAGUACGAGUACAAGUACAUCGAUCGUUUGUCUAUCACAAUGAAUGCGAAUGUUGAUAGAAAUCAUGGCCCGCAAAGAAUAAAAAAAGAUCGUAUAAUUGUGACAACAGCACGAUUUCUUAGGCGCAGAUUUAACUCUGGAAAUCGCCGAAAUCGGUACACCGAAUGGAACGUGAGAAAAAUCGGAAAUUCAAUUAGAAAUUUAAUUCAGGAAGACUGGAAUCCGCCUGCUGAGUAUAGAAUAUACUACAACGACGAUAUUGAUAUUCGCAUGCCAGCCACUGAAGAAACUUUCGAUGAACUUAUGAACCUCUUAAGAUACUUUCGAAGAGAAGUAGCUCAACAUUAUAGCGUAGCAUUCAUUCAACACUUAAUGGAAUACAUUCGUGGAUUUUGAAGUUAGA